GGCACGCUGAACUGCGCUGUUAAUUACCUCUUGUUUGGAAAGACCGCACGCCUGAAAACUUUGCAUCUUUCGUCGAGUUUCAGCGAGAGGCCCGCUCUUGGCCUGAUUUUUGUGGUGAUUUAUACUGCACAACAAACGAUCACAGCUCCAACACACAGCAAGCGAAAUAGGGGGUUCUAGGCCUGGUCCAGCUCCAGGUCAACCCUGCUGCUGGUCAUGGAAUCCCCGCUUCGCAUGAUACGACGAUAGGGAUUAUUUCGCACAUAGAGCGGCUUGUUCUGGAGCUUGGGGCGGAGGGGGUCCCUCAUGGACUGAGUCGCCGCCCCAACAGCUGAACAGACGACGCGAAAAAGCAUGACGUCACCGGGGGAUCAGAAGGCGAAGGAGGAUGCGCUGCUGGAGAAAGCAGCUGCCAUUAAGGCGCAAUGGAAGUCCAUGGCUGCGGCCUACAACUUCCCUUGCGAGGAGCCGAAGCGGGCCGCGACGCACUGGGACUACGUGCUCCGGGAGGCGCAGUGGCUCGCGGAGGAUAUGAUGCAGGAACGGUUAUGGAAGCAAUCGGCGGCUCUGCGGCUUGCAUAUGACGCGGCAAAGUUUGACCGGAAACGGCUCAAGCAUGUCGAGACCAAAAUCACGCUUGAAUGCAAGCCGGAGGAGCUCGGGAGAGUCAAAGGGGGAGCAUUGGACGACGCGAAGGGCAAGGCGCUUCCAAAUGGAGGCGUUGACACAGGCCCGACCGCGCCGGGCACACCGGACCGGGUGGAGGAGCUGCCGGGCUGGCCGCUGGCGGAGCAGCUGACGUUCACGGUGCUGAUCAGCCCAGAGGAGCUCAUGGAGGCGGUGGUGCGCCAGCUUGAGGAGGAGGACGUGGCGCGGCUGACGGUGCACGCGGAGGUGUUGUCCGACUACAAGAUGGCCUUCGAGGCGGUGCAGUGGGUCAAGACCGCGCAGCACACAUCGGCGGACGGCGACGACAUGCCGUUGCGGAAGCCAAUUAUGAAGAAGGCGGCCGCGCGGCCGCGCGUGAUGAUGGCGGCGGACGACACGGAUUCGCUCGGGGAGGGACCGCCCAGUCACCACGUCCGGGCGGGGGCAGGAGCGGGCGGCGCAAUGCGGCGCAUGGGAGGCGCAGCGCCUCACCGCCCGCUGGGGGACCUGGACGACGGCCCCGCCAACAAGCGCAAGCGGAAGCCGCGGGACCUGGAGGAGGAGGAUGCGGUCAUGUCGGGGCAGCCCAAGGCUGGCCUAAAGCUGAAGAACGCGGGCGGCAUGAAGGAUGACAAGUCCAAGAAGCUCAAGAGCCCGCAGAAGCCACCUGGCGGCCACCCCAGCCAGGGCUUCCCGCCGGGCCGGGACGGCUCCGCGCACCCCGGCAUGCAGAAGGGCGCGGUGCCGGGCGGCAUGAAGCACCCGCUGCUGCGCAGCACCGCCACCAUCCCCGACGGCUCUAUGCGCGGCCUGGCCUGGAGCGGCACCGACGACCAGGUGCUUGCUGCCAUCGUGACGGAGUUCAGCCAGAACUGGCUGCUGGUGGCGGACGUGAUGCGCUCCGCCAACAGCAUGCAGGGCGUGUUCCGGCGGCCGGACAUGUGCAAGUACCGCUACGCCAUGCUGGUGAAGGCGUGGCAGCAGGAGAACGGCGACGACAUGCUGCCGGAGACGCAGCAGGCCAACGCGCUGUCGCUGGCCAUCAUGCCCAAGCAGCAGGCCAAGGAGGUGCUGUACCAGGUGCUGCCGGUGUCGGAGGCCACGCUGCGGCGGCACCAGGACAGUGUGUCGGGUCUGUACGUGCGGCACCGCUCCAAGCGGAGCGCGGAGCGGCAGCAGCAGCGGGAGAUGUACAAGAUGCGGCAAGACCAGCAGCACAUCAGCCACAAUGUGGUGUUCGGCAACGUGCACUCCGGGAACGGCGGCCGGAUCUUGAACCCGAUGGAGCUGGGCAUUGGCCUUGGCAUCGGCGACCCCACGGCAGCGCCCGGCCUGAUGUCGGGCAGCCCAGCCAUGCCUGGUGGCGCCACCGCGCCGCCGCCCGCCGCGGCAGGGCUCGGGCAACCGCCGGCCCCGGCGGCGCCAGGCAUGGCGCAGCCUCCCGGUGGCGGCAUGGGCGCGGCGCAGCCCAGCAUGCAGCCUGGCAUGCAGCCUGGCAUGCAGCCCGGCAUGCAGCCCGGCAUGCAGCCCGGCAUGCAGCCCGGCAUGCAGCCUGGCAUGCAGCCCGGCAUGCAGCCCGGCAUGCAGCCUGGCAUGCAACCUGGCAUGCAGCCUGGCAUGCAGCCUGGCAUGCAGCCAGGAAUGCAGCCAGGAAUGCAACCCGGCAUGCAGCCUGGCAUGCAGCCCGGCAUGCAACCCGGCAUGCAGCUCGGCAUGCAACCAGGCAUGCAGCCGGGAAUGCAGCCGGGAAUGCAGCAACAGCAGCAGCCCCAGAUGAUGCAGCAGCCUGACGGCUCGCAACUGUCUGGCGGCGGCGCCUCUCUACCCAACCAGCAGUCCAUUCCAGGCAUGCCGUCGGGCACGCUCCCACCCAGCAUGGGUCAGCCGGGUGCUGCGGGCAUGCAGCCAGGGAUGCCACCAGGCAUGCCGGGCCAGCAGCCGGGGCAGCCUGGCGCUGCACAGGUUAUGGCGGCGCAGAACGCGGCGAUAGCGGCCCAAAACGCGGCGCGGAUGCAGCAGCAGACUGCCUUGAUGCAGCAGCAGGCGCAACAACAGCAGGCACAGCAGCAACAGCAACAGCAGGCGGGUGCACCUGGCGCGCCUGCGCCAGGCCAGCUGCCACAGCCGGGUGCGCCAGGUGCGCAACAGCAGCCGAUGGGCAUGGCGCCUGGCGCGCCGCAGCCCACUGCCGCGCAGAUGGCGGCCGCGGCGUCGGCGCUGCAGCAGCAGCAGGCUGCCGCCGCCGCGCAGGGCCGCGUCCCCACUCCGCCCCUGCAGCAGGUGCCUUCGCUGCCAGGCAUGCCGCCCAUCCGCGCGCCCAACCCUGCCAUGGCCAUGGCCGCGAACCAGCAGAUGCAGCAGGCGAUGCUGAUGGCACAGAAGCAGAAGAUGCAGCCUGGGCAGCCUGGGCAACCAGGGCAGCCCGGGGCGCCUGGGGCGCCGGGAAUGUCCAUGAUGCCUGGGGCUCCCGGCACGGCGCCUGGGGGGCAGCCGCCGACACCGCAGCAGAUGGCUGCGGCUGCUGCGCAGCAGCAGGCCCAGCAGCAGCAACAGCAGCAGCACAUGGCAGCUGCGGCUGCAGUCGCUGCGCAGCAGGCGCUGCAGCAGCAACAGCAACAGGCCGCCAACGCAGCGCAGCAACAGCAGCAGCAACAGAUGGCGGCAGCGCAACAGCAAGUUGCGGCUGCCGCUGCGGCGGCGGCGGCAGCGGCGGCUGCCGCGACCGCGGCCGGCCAGCCGGGCCAACCCGGACAGCCCGGACAGCCUCAGCCUGGACAACCUGGGGCGAUGCAGCCGGGGGCGAUGCCGGGGCAGCCCGGGCAGCCGCAGCCUGGCAUGCCACCGGGCAUGCCGCCUGGCAUGGUACUGCCGGGGCAGCAGCCCGGUAUGCCGGGGGCCGCCGCUGCUGCAGCUGCCGCGGCCGCCGCGGCUGCUGCUAACAUGAACAAGCCGCCCACACCCACGCCCAUGGGCAUGCCUGGCACAACACCCGGUGCGCCGGGCGCGCCCGGCACCGCGCAGGCGGCCGCGCAAGCAGCAGCGGCCGCCGCGGCGGCGGCUCUGCAGCAGCGGCCACCCGGGACGCAGCCCACGCAGCUACAGAUGCAGGCGGCGGCAUUGGCAGCAGCGCAGCUGCGGCCGGGCAUGCUGGGGACGAUGCCGGGCGGGCUGCCUAACGCGGCGAUGAACAACGCCAUCGCGGCGCAGAUGGCGGCCCAGAAGGCGGCGGGGCUGCAGCCAGGUGCCAUGCCAAACGCCGCCAUGAACGCGGCGCAGAUGCAGGCCCUGCAGAAGAUGCAGCAUAUGGCUGCCGGUGCCGCCGCGGCAGCGGCGGCUGCAGGUGCACGGCCACCCAUGAUGCCUGGCGCGCUGCCUACUCCCGGUGCGCCGGGCACGGCCCCAGGCAUGCAGCCCGGCACCGCGCCCGGACAGCCCGCCGGCAUGCCCGGUCAGAUGGCGCCAGGGCAACAGCCCGGCAUGCCGGGCCAGGUCCCUGGGCAGGUGCCUGGAAUGCAGCCGGGCCAAAUGCCCGGCAUGCAGCCGGGUCAAAUGCCGGGAAUGCAACCUGGCCAGAUGCCGGGAGUGCAGCCGGGGCAGAUGCUGGGGCAGCCAGGACAGCCGCAGCCGGGGCAACCAGGUAUGCCGGGGCAGCCUGGCAUGCCGGGUCAACAGCCGGCGGGGAUGCCGGGGCAGCCGGGCCCGAUUCCUGGCAUGCCAGGCACGAUGGGCGGCAUGCCAACUUUGCAGCAACAGCAGCAGCAGCAACAAGCGCUGGCCGCGAUGCAGCAGCAGUUUGCGCAGCAGCAACAGCAACAACAGCAACAGCAGCAGGCGGCAAUGAACGGCCAGCCAGGCAUGCCCAAGUGGACAACGGGCCUCACGCCUCAGCAACAGCAGCAGGCGAUGGCGGCCAUGCAGCAGCACAUGGCCCAGCAGCAGGCAGCUGCAGCAGUGGCCGCUGCCGCUGCUGCAGGCCAGGCAGCGCCUGGUGCGGCCGCAGGUGCGGCGCCGACGCCGCAGCAGCAACAACAACAGCAGCAGGCGGCCGUCGCCGCUCAGCAGCAGGCCGCAGCCGCAGCCGCUGCAGCCGCGCAGGGCCACGCCAACCCGCAGCAAGCGGCCAUGCUGGCGCAGCAGCAGCAGCAGGCGCUCGCGCAGUUCCAGGCGCAGCACCAGGCGGCUGCAGCUGCGGCCGCUGCCGCAGCGGCGGCGGCGGGCGGUGCGCCCGGCCAGCCCGGCCAGCCGGGGAUGCCGCCCGGCCAGGUGCCGCCGAACCUGGCUGCCUUCAUGGGUCAGAACGCCCUGCUGGGUAUGGCUGCACGGCCCGGUAUGCCGCAGAUGCCGGGCGGGUUGCCACAGCAACUGUCCAUGCAGCCGGGCCCGCAGCCGGGGCAGCUGCCACCCGGCCUGCAGGCUGCGGCGGCCGCGGCCGCGGCGGCCGCGGCGGCACAGAUGCAGCAGCAGCAACAGGGCGUGCCCGGGAUGCCGGGUAUGAUGCCAGGCCAGCCGCAGGCGCCUGGCGCGCCGCCGCCGACGGCUGGCUAGAACCUUCCUUGUGACACUGCAGUACAGGCUGGCGUGGAAUGUCGUCGGCUGGAAUGCUGUCGGCCGGGAGCAUUGGCAGAGGUAGAGUUAGUUCAGUCGUUACGCGGCCACGUGUGGCUUCCGUGUUAAGACUGGAGUUCGAGAGGCGCGCGCGAUGUUGCGAGGAGGAGCGUGUUGUUAGCAAGGGCGAUGUGCCGCUGCGCCGCAGGCGAGCGGAUGACCCCGGCUUACGAGGCAAGCAGUUACCGUGUGUACCGUAUGCAGGAGAGCUGUAGGGCUAGGUGGACAGGCGUGUGCCGAAUGAGUUCGGGAUCGGCGUGAGAGACUCCUGUGCAUGAUGGAUUGAUGGUGGAUGGACCGACUGCAGGUGGGGCAUGGUUUGGCAGCGCUGCAUGCCGCGCACACCAGCAAGUAUGGGCGGGGGAUGCCAGCAACUGCCGUGCCUUCGGUGGGGCUGAAUUGUGCUGGUGGCAACGAAAGUGGCGUGUGCACUGCAGCAGCUGACUGGCGGUGCACCGUGGGGUGCUGAUGGUGAGUACACGUGCCGCAUGGCCCCGGGAUCAAGUGGCAGAGCAGGUCACGGUGCAGUGGGAGGCAGCCUGAGGUGGGGCCGCUUGGGAGCAGAAUGCCGUGCAGUGAUUGCUUCUGCAAUGCAUGGGACUGACCAAUGUAAGCAACGCUCGAAGUCUUCAAGAGUGCCAAGUCAGGUGGGGAUGCAGUGACCGAAGGUACAGGUGAGGACUAGGGUUCUGCCCCCGUCCGGCCCUGUGGUUCGGCCCCCGUGCGCCUUGAUGUGUAAAUGUCAAUUGUA